UCUGGGCAAAGUACUGGGAACUGGGUGAGCGAUAGCAGCGCACGCGAGCCGGGCGGAACAAGGGGAGCCGAGAGCCAGGCGGCCAGUGCGCGGCGCAGGUUCUGACCCGGGCGGCCGUAGGCGAGUAGCCCUCCCCGCCCCUGUCUCCUGCGGCUGGUGAGGGAACUAUCAGCUGUGCGUUGCUGGGGGACCGAAGAAGCCGGGUUUGCCUCCUCCCGCGUGUGUGGACGACCCCCGGAGCUAGGCGGCGUCCGCGGCGGCAGAGCGUGCAGUUCUAGAGGCUGGGAGGUCCAAGGACCAGGUGCCUGCAGAUCUGCUGUCUGGGAUUUCCUCUGGGUCAUCCAAAAUGCUUUUAAAACAUAUCGGAUAAAAGCUGAGCCACCUGCUUGUGUCGGACUGCCAUACUCUGUGCUCCACCGUCUUCUAUGGCAUUUUGACUACAUCAAGGCCAAGGACCUGCCGUUCAUGAUGAGUGAUGAGAAGAGCCUUGGGGUGUCCCCCAAAUUGGCCUCACCUUCAAGGAGCACAAGUAGUUGCUCUUCCAAGCAGGGAAGUCGACAGGACAGCUGGGAAGUGGUGGAAGGACUGAGGGGAGAGAUGAAUUACACCCAGGAGCCACCAAUUCAGAAAGGAUUUUUGCUGAAAAAAAGGAAAUGGCCCUUGAAAGGCUGGCACAAGAGAUUCUUCUAUCUGGACAAAGGAAUCUUGAAAUAUGCCAAGAACCAAAGUGAUAUAGAGAGAGAGAAGCUGCAUGGCUGCAUUGAUGUCGGGCUCUCGGUGAUGUCUGUGAAGAAGUCGUCAAAGUGCAUAGAUCUCGACACCGAGGAGCACAUUUAUCAUCUGAAGGUAAAGUCAGAGGAAGUCUUCGAUGAGUGGGUAUCCAAACUUCGCCACCACAGAAUAUAUCGUCAGAAUGAAAUCGCCAUGUUUCCACAUGAAGUUAAUCACUUUUUCCCAGGAUCUGCUGUCACAGACUCUGGUUCUGAGGUCUUGGACACCAUUUCCAGUAGGAAGCAUAGCGGUAUAUCAAAGCAGAAUUCGUUUCAAACCGGAAGCAAUUUAUCAUUUUCUUGUGGUGGUGAGACUCGAGUUCCAUUAUGGUUACAGUCUUCAGAGGACAUGGAAAAAUGCUCUAAAGAACUGGCAAACUGUCAUGACUGCCUGGUGGAGAUGAGCCAGCUUCUGCAAAGUAUGGACGUCCUGCAUCGGACAUAUUCGGCUCCGGCUAUCAAUGUCAUCCAGGGUGGAUCUUUUGAAAGUCCCAAAAAGGAAAAAAGGUCACAUAGGAGAUGGCGGUCCAGAGCUGUUGGCAAAGACGCUAAAGGAACGCUGCAGGUCCCCAAAACUUUUUCUGGCCCAGUAAGACUGCAUUCCUCCAAUCCUAAUUUGUCAACACUAGAUUUUGGAGAAGACAAAAAUUAUUCCGAUGGCUCUGAAACCUCAUCAGAGUUUUCUAAGAUGCAAGAAGAUCUGUGUCAUAUUGCCCAUAAAGUCUACUUCACUUUAAGGUCAGCUUUUAACACCAUAUCAACGGAGAGAGAGAAACUGAAGCAGCUGAUGGAGCAGGAUGUCUCUGUCUCCCCCUCUGCCCAGGUCCUUGGUCUGAAGCACGCCCUGUCAUCUGCCCUAGCACAAAACACAGAUCUUAAAGAACGCUUAUGCAGAAUCCAUGCUGAGUCUCUGCUCCUCGACCGCCCAGUUGCUGCCAAGUCGGGUGAUCGUCUGGCAGAGGAAAACUCCAGAGAUGACAAUCGAACUCUGGUCCAUCAGCUUUCCAACGAAAGCAGGCUCUCCAUCACUGACUCUCUUUCAGAGUUUUUUGAUGCACAGGAAGUUCUGUUGUCUCCAAGCUCUUCAGAAAAUGAGAUGUCUGAAGAUGAUUCAUAUGUCAGUGACAUAAGUGACAACCUUUCCUUAGAUAAUCUCAGUAAUGAUUUAGAUAAUGAGAGACAGACUUUGGAGCCUGUUCUCCAAAGUGUAGGGGAAGUCAAGUCCAAAAGAAGAACGUGCUUGCCGGCCCCGUGCCCCAAGUCCGGUAACGUCAGCUUGUGGAACAUCCUGAGAACGAACAUCGGGAAGGACCUGUCUAAGGUGGCCAUGCCGGUGGAACUCAAUGAGCCCCUCAACACGCUGCAGAGGCUGUGUGAGGAGCUGGAGUACAGCGAGCUCCUGGACAAGGCUGCCCAGACGCCCAGUGCCCUGGAGAGGAUGGUGUACGUGGCAGCCUUCGCCGUGUCCGCAUAUGCAUCUAGCUACUUCCGCGCUGGGAGCAAGCCAUUUAAUCCAGUUCUUGGAGAAACAUAUGAGUGUAUUCGUGAGGACAAGGGCUUCCAGUUUUUUUCAGAACAGGUCAGCCACCACCCACCUAUUUCUGCAUGUCACGCUGAGUCUGGAAAUUUUGUUUUCUGGCAAGACAUGAGAUGGAAGAACAAAUUCUGGGGCAAAUCCAUGGAAAUUGUUCCCAUUGGCACAACCCAUGUGACUCUGCCAGCUUUUGGAGAUCAUUUUGAGUGGAACAAAGUGACCUCUUGCAUCCAUAACAUCUUAAGUGGGCAGAGGUGGAUCGAGCACUAUGGAGAGAUUGUUAUCAAGAACGUGAAUGAUGAUUCCUGCCACUGCAAAGUGAACUUUAUAAAGGCAAAAUACUGGAGCACUAAUGCCCAUGAGAUUGAAGGUACAGUAUUUGACAAGAGUGGAAAAGCAGUGCAUCGGCUAUUUGGGAAAUGGCAUGAGAGCAUCUACUGCGGUGGUUCUUCCUCAUCCACUUGUAUCUGGAGAGCGAAUCCCAUGCCAAAAGGCUAUGAGCAAUAUUAUGGCUUCACACAGUUUGCACUGGAAUUAAACGAAAUGGAUCCAUUGUUAAAGUCUUUAUUACCACCUACUGACACUCGAUUCAGGCCAGACCAAAGGUUUCUAGAAGAAGGGAGCUUAGAAGAGGCCGAAAUACAAAAGCAGAGGAUUGAACAGCUGCAGAGAGAAAGGCGGCGGGUCUUGGAAGAAAAUAAGGUGGAGCACCAGCCGCGGUUUUUCAGGAAAUCCAGCGAUGACUCUUGGGUGAGCAGUGGCACCUAUUUGGAACUUAGGAAAGAUCUUGGUUUUUCCAAACUGGACCAUCCUGUCUUGUGGUAAAAGAGGAAAGAGCGAUACAUCUUUGUACUUCUCCCGUGUUUGCUUUCUGAAGCCACAAACCUGUGUCUGUAUAUUUAAACAACAUCACCUAGAACAAUCACUUGUGCUUCCUGGCUUAGUGUUGUAUUUAAGUAUAUAUUUUCUUCAGUAGGUUUCUUUACAAUUUCAAAUGUUAUCACAAUUGUUUAUAUGAAUGUAGAACACCUUGAGAUUUCUUUUUAUAUAUAAACUAUUUAAUAAAAAUGAAAGAUUAAAUGUUAACAUGUGGGUUAAAAAAGAAGCUUUAACACUAAUUUUCCAAAGGUUAGGAAAAUUCUAAUUAAAUGUAUGCCUUAUAAAAUUAUGUUGGAAAAAAUAUCCAUCUUUCCCAGGUGCGUUAAGAAAUAAGAAUACGAAGGGUUACUCACCUGUGUGCAAGCUGCCCAGGUUUAAUGUGGUAGCUCAGAUAUCUUUUUGCCUCAGACAGCUUUUGAAUUGCUCACAAAGAACAAUUCUGCUGGUACUGAGUCUGAAGAAUAUUUGCAUUUGCGUUUUCGUGCUUGGGGGAAUGGUAUACGGUUAGUGGGGUGUAUGUUUUUAUAUAAGAUGGAGAUGGCAGCUUCUCAAAGAGGAAGCAUUCGAACUCAUCCCUCCCUAUAGUUUCAUUGCCUUAUGUGCAAAAUUGUACCGUUACUCAGAAAAAUUGAUAAUCGGAGAAACCCCUGUUAAUUAAAUGUCAAAAUGAAAUCCCAGGCGGACAGUAGGAAAUUUCUCCUUAGUGAGAGCUGAAUCCAUUACAAGUUAAGAAACUGUUUUCUGCUUCCCACCCCACCUCUAGCCUCCUCCGCUGUUUGACCACAUCUCUGUUGAAUAUGGAAUGUCCCAAUUUAGUGUAAAACACAGGUGCAUUCAACAUGGCAGUUUGAUUUUCCAAAAGUUUAGCAAAGUAACUGAUUGUUUUAAAUAAUUCAACAUGUUUUUCUUAAAUAGUGUUUUGGUAUUUUCUACCUCUCAAUAAGCACCAUAUUUUAGAUCUUGUAUGAAAAGUUUGACCACCUGCCUUAUAGACAAAUGUAGAGAAUUGAUGCUCUUCCUUUGUGUUAUGUCCUGGUAAAACUUUAAGUGUCUUAUCGCUUUCCUACACUUCUUCUUAUUCAUAUCACUCUUUUGUGAGUUUUGCAGCAGUCUUGAAUAAUACAGACUAUAACUACUGAAAGGAGAAACUUCGCCUUUUUAAAUGUGUUAUUUCCAAUUACUAUAAUAGAAUUUGUGCAGUAGUUGAAUUGUGUGAUCAAAGCAAUUCUAACUUCUGCCCAGAUUACUUUAAAACCAAAGCCUACGUUUGAAGCCUUUUCCUCUAAAGUCCAUGACGAUUUUAUGUAAUAUCAAGUAAAGUGGUGUGUAAAAAGAUUUCUCCAGAAAACAUUUUUAGGUAUUUAAAUAAUUUCAGAGAAUGCUAUGAGUGAAAAGUAGAAUAAAUAAUGGAAAAAAGAAUGCAUGAUUUUUCAAUGUCACACCAAAUAACUAGUUGGAGAGUAUUGCACUUUCAAAAUGGAGAGUUAUUUAAAGUGGGUCAGUAGCCUUUUGGAAUCUGCAAGUGACUAGCAUUUUAAAACAAUACACGACUCAUUAAAUAUUGCUUUCAUCCAUUCCAUGUAUCAAGACGUCAAGAUGAACACAGUUCGAAUAUCAUUUCCAUUUCUAAGCAGUUAACUGACCCAAUCAAAUUCUUUGGUUAUGUGCUUUGUUCUUUUCUUUUCAAACAUGUAUCUAAAUUCUGCUCUCACAGACGGGAAGAAGCAGGCUGUAGAUUUUAAGGAUACUCCAGGGGAAAACAAAUCUAGUUUUCACAGUGUGAAGGUAAAUGUAGAACUUGAGUACUACUGACUGUUCUAGGCCUACUCCAGGGGCUGGCUCAAAACAAAA